AUGGAUCUGCCUUCAUGGAGCGAGAAUGUUAUCCCUUUAACAGAUUCAAGCGUGUCACCAAGUCACAAUAUCGGCAAUUCUUUUCAACAACUAAGCCUAUAUGAUUUGGCAAACACAACAGCAAACACAGAUUUGAACUUUUUAGAUUCAACUUCCAGCCCAUCGCUAUGUGAGGAGGAGGAAGAGGAGAGAAUUGGUCUCUCCUUGGACGAUCAGUGGUACUUCUCGCCCCAGGUUGAUACUGUGUUUCAGGAUGCAGCUGCUCUUUUAGGAUUAGAUUGUCCUAGUACACCUGAAAGCUCAUCCGACCAGUCUUGUGACGCAACAUUCAAUGUCGAUACCUUUAGUGCGACACAAGAUUUCCCUCCAGUCCACAUUCCUACUGGACAGCUUGAAUUAUCUUCUCAGGUCGGCCGCGCUCGACAGGGCAAGGAAAAGAAACACGCCACAAACAAGAAGGCAUUCGACGCAUUUCCUGAAUCUUACUCUUACGCGCAAGAACCUGCACAUUUAAAUGGUUCAACACCUGUACAAGUCUCCAUGGACAUUCAGCCAAGGCAUCUACAAUUUCCUCCUUCCCUUCAAUAUUCAACCAAUAUGAGUGGCUGGGAAUCUUCCAGUCGUUCAACUGGCCGGUCAGAAUACACUAUCAAUACGUCUAGCGGGCCACAAAAUUUCCCUCUAGCAUCCACUUCUACUUUCACAGAUAUACCUUUCGCACAUGUCCCCAGGGACAUUGAACAUGUAGCUACGCCAUGGCGUUCUACAUUUCCUCACGAUCCUACUCAUCAAACCAACUCUGCCGAACAGUCUGGCGACGGAACAUUCAAUGUCGAUACCUUUAGUGCGACACAAAAUUUCCCUCCAGUCCACAUUUCUACUGGACAGCUUGAAUUAUCGUCUCAGGUCGGCCGCGCUCGACAGGGCAAGGAAAAGAAACAUGCCACAAUGGCACAUCCAUAUCUUAUGGGAGAAAAUGUGCCCAAAUCCAACAAGAGGGCCGCCGAUAGGAAACCCAAAGCAAACAAGAAGGCACUGGACGCCUUUCCUGAAUAUCACUCUUACGCGCAAGAACCUGCACAUUUAAAUGGUUCAACACCUGUACAAGUCUCCAUGGACGUUCAGCCAAGGCAUCUACAAUUUCCUCCUUCCCUUCAAUAUUCAACCGAUAUGAGUGGCUGGGAAUCGUCCAGUCGUUCAACUGGCCGGUCAGGGUACACAAUCAAUACGUCUAGCGGGCCACAGAAUUUCCCUCUAGCAUCCACUUCGACUCCCACAAAUAUACCUUUUGCACAUGUCCCCAGGGACAUUGAACGUGUCGCUAUGCCAUCGCGUUCUACAUUUCAGGAUGGUCCUAUUCAUCAAGCCAACUCUGAACGUUACAGAGUACCUAUUAACCCACUGGGACCCUUCCCGGACGAUAUUGACUGGCCGUCUCAAUGGAAUGCAGGAAUGUCUGGGAAUAUACCCAGAGAAGCUGACAUGACGCCUGUGGCGUCAAGUUCAGCAUUGACGAUUCCAUACAGGCUGGAACACCAAUCCCAGCCCGCAGCAUCACAGCAAUGGCCCGCGCAGGUGGGCAUAAACAACGGGUUCGAAGGGUCCAUGAUGUCCAACAAUGCAAUGAUAUCAAAUGACCCACCUACAUCAACCGUAGACGACACUGCGCGUCCGAAAAAACGAAGGGGUAAAAAACAACAGCAACAACAACACCAACUUUUCAGCGGAACACAUGAUGCAAUACUUUUUUGCACUUGUGUAGAAAGUGGUGUAAAAUGCAACGAGCCUUUGAUCAGUCAAGCUCACCUCGGAAACCAUGUUGCUAAUUACCACGAUGUUAAGAGGGGAAGGAGUGGUAAUGAGGUUAAGGAAUGUCCUUGGGAAGGAUGCGAUAAACAUCUGAAAGUCAAUAGUCUCUGGCGGCAUAUAAUUCGAGCACACGGAAAAAUGCUGCCGAAAGAGUGA